AUGGAGGGCGACGUGGUAUCUCAGUUCCAAGAGAUUACAGGCUCUACCGCGGAGCUUGCCACUCAAUAUUUACAAGUUGCAGAUUUCGAUAUCCAACAAGCGAUGCAACUAUACUUUGAGAAUGGCGGGGCGGAAUUAGGAGCGACACAACAACCCGCAUCCGCCGCAGCGUCUCGUCCUAGUGAUCGUGUCGAAAAUGCUAUUCAUAUAGAUUCGGACGAUGAAGAUAUCACGAUCGAUGAAACCCGCUCGUCAGCUCCGUCGCGCCAACCUGCCGGAUCCACAUUUGAAGACGAUGCCGCCAUGGCUCGCCGGUUACAGGAAGAGAUGUAUGCUGGUGGUGCGGACGACGUGCGAGCCCCUAUCGCCAGGACAACGGAGACACUUGUUGGUCCUGGGGUAGAAGGCUACGGAGACUUUGAUCCUCUGGCCCAGUUUAGAAUGCGACAAGGGGGCAGAAACAAUCGUCCAGGAAUAUUCAACCAACGUGACUCGUCUAUCUGGGAAGAGAGCUCUGAUAACGCAGCUGCAGCACAACGAAACGCUCUCGCCCGAGCCACUGGAGGUGCUUCAGAAACGUCGUCCAAAUCAACCCUCUUAGCAGAAAUGUACCGACCGCCAUUCGAUCUGAUGUCUAGAUUGCCUUGGGAUGCAGCUCGCGAGGAGGGUAGAGAGAACGAAAGAUGGUUGCUCAUUAACAUUCAAGACCCUUCCAUAUUCGAUUGCCAAGUCUUAAAUCGUGAUCUUUGGAAGGAUCCAGGCGUGAGGGACACGGUCAAGGAGAAUUUCAUAUUCUUGCAAUACAACAAGGAUGAUGAAAGGGGUAUGCCCUACUUGCAAUACUACUUUCAAGGAAGUGAUGUGUCAGACAAUUAUCCUCACAUCGCCAUUGUUGAUCCUCGCACCGGAGAACAAGUCAAAGUCUGGUCCGGGGCCCCAGUCAUAAAGGCUCCGGAUUUCCUCAUGCAGCUCCAUGAAUUUUUAGACCGUUACAGUUUGAAACAGAACGCCCGCAACCCCGUCGCAAAACGAAAACCCGACGUUCCUCGAGAAAAGAAAAUAGAGGCGAUGACCGAAGAAGAAAUGUUGGAGAUGGCGCUCAAGAAUAGUCUCGAAGGAGCUGAUACUGCAGAGAGGCUAGCUGAUCCGGAUGAGCUGACCCGGAGCAUUGGUGAUCUUAAGGGUAAAGGAAAAGCCGAAGAUAGCGAGGAUAUUUCAAUGGCAGAAGAAGAUGCGGCAGCAGCAGAGGAUGCUGGUGUUUCUGCCUUCCGAUCUAUUCCUUCUGAUCACAUUCACACGGAGCCACCUGCUGAUCCAGCCACCACCACCCGCAUCCAGUUCCGCCAUCCUUCCGGUAGAGUCAUUCGUCGCUUCGCUCUGGCAGAUCCCGUACGACGGAUAUACGAAUGGCUCAAGUCAGAGCCACCACUUGAAGAGAAGACAGGCGCUGUAUUUGAGCUGAAUGCGAUGGGUAAGAACCUUAUCGACGAGCUCGACACGACCAUCCAAGAUGCUGGUCUUAAGAAUGGUACAGUAAUGAUAGGAUACUUGGAAGACUAA